ACCUCGCAUCCCUACAAAGCCGGGACGGAGCACGCCGGGUUCUCACCGGACCAGGCUCUAGAAAGGGUGUGUGUUGGCUUUCCAGCUGUACUUGUAGUGGUGAAAGAGUCGUCGUAGCUUUUGCCGCCCGGGAGACAGAAUGCACGCAUGCCGAAACUGGGAUGACGUUGGCGGCAGCCAGCUGCCGAACGAUAUAAUGAGACGGCUCCUGGACAAGGGCGUCCCGAUCGACGCGGAGACGGAAAACGGCGACACGCCGCUAAGCCUGGCCAUCAGCGCCGGCGGCGUGGGAUCCGUCGGGUUCCUGGUGAAGGCCGGCGCUGCCCUCGAUCUAGCGGACAAGGAGGGCCGUAACUGUCUGGACCUUGCCGCUGUGAUGUUCAGCCUUUUCCCAAAAAAAGUGAGGGAAAAAGGGGUUGGCGUGCAUCCCGUGAUCUAG